GAAAACAAUUAUUCAAUUACUAUUUUACCCCUCUCUCUUUCCUCUGUCAAACCUUAAACAGGCGAUGAAGCCAGGAAUAGUCGUGGUAUUAGCUUUGAUGGUCUUGGUGCUAUGCGUGCCACCGUCGUCGGCUUCCGAUUAUCGCCGGCAAAAAUGGUGGAAAUGGCCGUCUUCGGGAAAAUCAAUCUGUUCGUCCGUCGUACUUCCACUAUACGGCAAUGUUUAUCCUCAAGGGUAUUAUUAUGCUCAGAUAAACGUAGGACAUCCUUCGCGACCUUAUUUUGUUGAUCCCGACACGGGCAGCGACCUCACUUGGCUUCAGUGUGAUGCCCCUUGUGUACAUUGCACUCAGGCUCCUCAUGCUUAUUACAGACCAAAUAACGACCUAGUGCCGUGUAAAGAUCCUCUUUGUGCUUCACUGCACUCCGGAGAUCAUAGAUGUGAUGAUCCGAAUCAAUGUGAUUACGAGGUUGAGUAUGCAGAUGGUGGUUCGUCUCUCGGUGUCCUUGUCAAUGAUGUCUCCCUUCUCAAUCUUACCAACGGAAUUCAAAUAGCUCCUCGUCUAGCCAUUGGGUGUGGAUAUGAUCAGAUCCCUGGUCCAUCUUAUCAACCUCUAGAUGGAGUUCUUGGCCUCGGGAAGGGUAAAACCGGCAUUGUUUCACAGCUUCAUAGUCAAGGUCUAAUAAAAAACGUCGUUGGACACUGUUUCAGCAGUCGUGGAGGCGGAUUCCUCUUCUUUGGAGACGACAUCUACGAUUCUUCACGUGUGAUAUCGACCCCAAUGUCACGUGAUUAUAGGAAGCAUUAUUCACCUGGCUUUGGAGAGGUGAUUUAUGGAGGGAAGGCAACUGGUCUUAAGAAUCUGCUUGUAAUUUUUGACAGUGGAAGCUCCUACACAUACCUAAGUUCCCAGGCUUAUGAAGGCUUACUUUAUUUGGUAAAAAAAGAAUUGAACGGUAAGCCUAUACGAGAAGCAGUGGAGGACGAAACUCUACCGUUUUGCUGGAAAGGAAGAAGACCAUUCAGAAGCAUGAAGGAUGUAAGGAAGUACUUCAAGCCUUUGGCAUUGAGCUUUUCUAGUGGUUGGAGAUCCAAAACUCAGUUUGAAAUCCCCCUUGAAGGCUAUCUUCUAAUCUCAUCGAAAGGGAGUGUCUGUUUGGGAGUUCUUAAUGGCACUGAAGUUGGACUUGAGAAUUUCAACAUAAUUGGAGAUAUAUCGAUGCAAGAUAAAAUGGUGAUAUAUGACAACGAAAAACAAACUAUAGGAUGGCUUCCUGCAAACUGUGACCGGUUACCGAUGUAUGACACGUUGAACAUUUGAUUGCAGAAAUUCUGGCCUAUCAAAAAGUAUAUCCGGCUACAGAAACAGGUCGUAAAUAACUAGUUAAGUUUACCAGAUUAUAUUAUAUGAAGAUGUACCCAGAAUGAUGCAUAGACUGAUACAUAGGAUCCUAGUUCAUGAGUAAGAUUUAAGCAUGUAAUACAUACUUCAGCCUGCUUGUAUUUUAAAUAAAACCGAAAGUACAACACACCCAUUUUGGUA